GCGGGAUUGUGAAGUUUUUCCGUUGAAAUGUCGUUGGUCUUUAACAUUAAUAAUUCUGGCAUCAUCAACAAUAUUUAAAGUUUCUUUUAUAAUUUUUUUUAGGAUUGGGUCGUAUAUAAAUUGUAGCCAACCAAACCCUACUGUCUGAAGGUAUUCAAGGAUAUAGUGAUACCUUAACUGUGUUGGUGAAAAGGAUGGUUUAAUGAGUACAAAAAAUGGAAGCUACCAAGACAGAUUUGCGUCUGUUACUGGAAUGUCUAAAAUACCAGAUGAAAUGGCCUGGAUCACAGAAACAAGCUCUUCUCACUAUCAUCUCAAUCUGCAAACAAAACGGUCAGUAUGUGGAGUUCUUUAGAGAGAUUGGGGGAAUUACCUUCAUCUAUAACCUGUCAAAGUCCAGCACUUUCUCUCAGGUUAAAGAGACUGCUCUAUUUACACUUGCAUCCUUGGCUGAAUUACAUGAGAGCGUUAAGCAGUCACUGUGCAGAGAGGAGACGUUUUGUGACUUAGCACAGCAUCUGGAACAGAAAAUGCCUCUGACGGAAAAAAGAGUAGCAGUGUACAUGCUGUCUGUAUUGGUUUCCAACAACAGAUGUGGACAGACUCUUGCUAAGACCUCCAGGUGUAUCGAAACCUUGCUCAAUUUGUUCAGGCAUAAUUUUCCAGAUCCUAACGCAUCUUAUGAGCAGCUACAGUUGUGGGCCACUGUGUCUAGUGCUCUCUGCGGCUCUGUCAACAAUCCUCAGAAUGAAGAGAAUCAGAACACAUGUAUGCAUGUGUUUCCCCUGGUGAAGACCUGGCUGCAGGAAGUGGCAUUGCCCAGGGCAGAGCUGGCACAGCCUAUAUGCUCAUUUAUUGGCAUGACUGUUGCAAACAAUCCUUGUGCUCAGCAGUAUUUUGUGUCAGUGGGAGGCCUAGAUUCACUCUCAGAAACUCUUACAAGAGUUUUGUCUCAGUCGGCACACAGUGCUCCUGCUUGUAAGGUGGCCAUAGUAAUCACUAAAACACUGUCUGCUUGCAUCUCGAACAACGAGCAGUUGGUGCCUUCUUUAUCAAAGUCGAUGGUCAUCCCAGGACUGCUGUGUCUGUUGUCCAGCCCAAACCUUGACCCACAGGACCAGCUCGCUGUGGUGUUGACGAUUGGACACCUCACAGAUGCCUGUGUAGAGCAUCAAUCUCAGUUGUUGUCGACAGGAGGUUUGCCUAUUAUGAUUUCUCUGCUCACUGAGGCUAGUGAUGAAGAGGUUAGAAAGGCAGCCAUGUUCGUCCUGCACACCUGCAAGAGAAUCACUGAAUCAUUAGGCGCAGGCAUGUCAACAAUGAGUCUAGAGGAGAGUGACAUGAAGAGUCACUGGCAGUCCGCCGGAGAAAUCCUCCAGAGAAUACAGCUCCUAGAGAAAAAGAUUGGUGUGAAACUGUGGGAAAGAGACACCGAAAUCCAGCAGCCCAGCAAUCAGAAGUUAGCCUCAUCUGUGGAAUGUAAAGAGGCAUGGUGGGAAGGUUCUGUGAUGCGAAAGGUGAAAGGUUACCAUCGAGUAUGUGGGGAGUUACACACAACCCCUGCAGGAACUCUAGAACGACCAAAUCCCAAAUGAAAUACCAUACAGUAAAGAGAACUUGCAGUGUGUCAGACUGAAGAGUGUUUGAGUCCUGCCCAAGUCACUCACUUCGAAGGCCCUAGCUGGGAAAAAGGCAACAAGAGAGGGCAUGAACUAAUGAGAGAGAAUGAGAGGAAUAUUGAGAGAACUGGCAACCAAGAGACAAGCACACAGGGAUGUGUGAAAAAGAGAGACAUGGAGAGGAAAUUACAGUCUGAAAGAGGGGCAAAGAGAUUAAAAAUUAUAUAUCAAGACUCAGAUGAAGAUGGCCAAAAACGUUUACAGCACUGCAGCACACCAACAGAGGGCGGCAGAGAUAC